AUGUUGUCCCACGCCAAGCCCCCCCGAACUCCUACACCUACUAACGGCUCUAACAAACACCCAAAAACUAAAAGAACGAGUACCGUCUUGAUCCCACCGCUAACACCUCUUAAUGUCAAUAAUUUCUACAACAUUCAGCUCAAUGAUGAUAAUAAUGAUACACCUCUAGCCAACUACCUCAAAGCUCGCAUUGAGGAGCUAUCCCCGCCUAUGAAAAUGCUUAUUGAGUCAUGGGAAAAUCACUGCAGCACCAUCGAAGAUAAGCGUACCAAGGUUACCCUAGACUAUGCAGUUAGAGUUCUACAGACUCACCAGGCCGAUACCGCAACCAUCUGCCUGCUACUGGAUAAACUCACGAAGGAAGAUAUAAACCUCCAGGACAUCCAAGACCACUAUCAACAGGUUCGAGAUGGCCUAAGGGCAUUCGCGGCCCAUAGUGGUCGCAGCCAAACACCCUUGACAUCUUUCACAUUAGCCUCCUCAAGGGAUUAUGUCAAAAGUCAACACAGACAGAACUCACACCGUCAAGCCCUAAAGGGACUGUGUCACCAACGUGAUAGAAAUAUAUCAGUACUGUCUCAGGCAACUGCAUCGCUGGAGGUGGUGCAUAUAAUUCCGCACUCGGUACGAGGGGAUAAGAUUAAUCAUUUCUGUGCGCUCGUAAGAAUGUUUUCGAAGGAGGAUGUGGCGGCCAUGUUAGAGAGAGGUCUGUUAGGGCCAGAAGAUAGUAUAGAUAACUUGAAGAAUUUGAUGUUAUUGGAUGCCUCGGAGCAUCGCGCCUUUGACACACAAGUGGGAACUUGUCCCAGAAAUGGAGAUUAA